AUAUUGUCAAUCCAAAAGUUCCAGCUGGCUCCAAAGAUGCAACAAAAAACUUCAACUAUGAUUAUUCAUAUUGGUCACAUGAUGUAUCAGAUCCAAAUUUCUCUUCACAAAUCAUGGUUUACAAGGACAUAGGGGAAGAAAUGUUACAACAUGCAUUCGAAGGUUAUAAUGUUUGUAUAUUUGCAUAUGGACAAACUGGUGCUGGGAAAUCAUAUACAAUGAUGGGAAGGCAAGAGGAGGAAGGACAGGAAGGAAUCAUUCCACAGAUCUGUAAGGAUCUCUUUCAGAGGAUUCGGAAUACGUCAUCAGAAGAACUGAAAUAUUCAGUUGAGGUGAGUUACAUGGAAAUUUACUGUGAACGUGUGCGAGACCUGCUCAAUCCCAAGAACAAGGGAAACCUACGUGUAAGAGAACAUCCCCUACUUGGUCCAUAUGUGGAGGACCUUUCGAAGCUCGCUGUCACUUCAUAUCAAGACAUACAUGACCUCAUAGAUGAGGGUAAUAAAGCAAGAACUGUUGCUGCAACAAACAUGAAUGAAACUUCAAGUCGUUCACAUGCUGUGUUCACCAUAUUCUUCACUCAGCAACGCGUUGAUAAGACCACAGAACUUUCUACAGAGAAAGUGAGUAAAAUCUCACUAGUUGAUCUGGCGGGAUCAGAGCGAGCAGACUCAACUGGAGCUAAGGGCACACGUCUCAAGGAGGGUGCUAAUAUCAAUAAAAGUCUGACCACACUUGGGAAGGUCAUCUCUGCUCUCGCAGAAGUGGUGGCAACUAAAAAGAAAAAGAAAGCUGAUUUUAUUCCUUAUCGAGAUUCGGUUUUGACUUGGCUCUUGAGGGAGAAUCUCGGAGGAAACUCCAAAACUGCCAUGAUAGCAGCUAUUAGCCCUGCUGACAUCAAUUAUGAUGAAACCCUGUCAACUCUCAGGUAUGCUGAUCGAGCAAAGCAGAUUGUAUGCAAGGCUGUUGUCAACGAGGAUGCUAAUGCCAAACUCAUCCGAGAACUGAAAGAAGAGAUCAUGCGCCUGCGUGACUUGCUGAAGGCAGAAGGCAUUGAAGUCCAGGAAGGGCCAGAUGGUAAAGUCAUAUAUGAAAAGAAAGAGAAUAACAAUAAGAAUAACAAUUGGGAAGAAGGUAUAGGAAUGAAGGUUGUGAAACGAGACAGUGACCGCCAGCUUGUGGCUCCAGCAUCCACUAUUGCUGAAGAGGCAGUGGAUCAGUUGCAAGCAAGUGAGAAGCUGAUUGCUGAACUGAAUGAAACGUGGGAAGAGAAGUUGAAGCGCACAGAAGCCAUCAGACUGCAGAGAGAGGCCGUGUUUGCAGAAAUGGGAGUUGCAGUUAAGGAAGAUGGAAACACAGUUGGUGUCUUCUCUCCGAAGAAGACUCCACAUCUUGUGAAUCUGAAUGAAGAUCCUUCCAUGUCUGAGUGCUUACUGUACUACAUUAAGAACGGUUUCACUCGUGUUGGCUCUGCGGAAGCCAAUAUUCCGCAAGACAUACAACUCAGUGGUUCCCAUAUUCUGAGUGAACACUGUGUCUUUGAGAACCAUGAAGGAGUCAUCACAAUGACUCCGCAGGAAGGGGCACUCUGCUAUGUCAAUGGCAGGGAAGUAAAGGAGACUGUUGUCCUCAAGACUGGCUCUCGGGUAAUCCUUGGCAAGAACCACGUCUUCAGGUUCAAUCACCCUGAUCAAGCACGUGAGCGUCGGGAGAAAACAUCACCAGCAGAAAAUCCAGCUCCAGAAUGCAUUGAAAAAACUUCUCCAGCUCAGACUCCAGGAAAUGGAGAAACUGUGGACUGGAACUUUGCACAGAUUGAGCUGCUGGAGAAACAGGGCAUUGACCUAAAGGUAGAGAUGGAGAAGAGGCUCCUUGUGCUGGAAGAACAAUUCCGAAAGGAGAAGGAAGAAGCAGAUCAACUCUUUGAAGAACAACGUAAGAGCUAUGAAGCAAGAAUUGAUGCCCUUCAAAAGCAAGUGGAAGAACAAAGUAUGACCAUGUCCAUGUACAGCUCAUACACACCAGAAGACUUCAACAAUGAGGAAGAUAUCUUUGUCAACCCCUUGUUUGACGCAGAGUGCAACUGGAGUGAUCGUGAGUACCAGUUGGCUGCAUGGGCAUUCAGGAAGUGGAAGUUCCAUCAGUUCACUUCACUGCGGGAUGACCUCUGGGGAAACGCUAUAUUCCUCAAGGAAGCUAAUGCAAUCUCUGUUGAGCUGAAAAAGAAGGUACAGUUCCAAUUCACCCUCCUCACAGACACCCUAUACUCACCCCUGCCUGUUGAUCUGCUGCCUGCAUUGGACGAGGAUGAUGAGGAGGAUAGACCACUUCCACGUACCAUUGUGGCAGUAGAGGUGCAGGACACCAAGAAUGGGGCCACCCACUAUUGGACUCUUGAGAAGCUCAGACAUCGGUUGGAACUCAUGCGUCAUAUUUACAACGAAGAUCUUAGCCCCGAGACACCGGAGGCGAAGGAUGACUUUUUCCAAUGUCUUUCUGUCUGUGCUAAUCAGAAGUUCUCGCUUGCAAAUCUUUUGCCUUCGAGGUUGGUGCUCACUAGCAAAAUACAGCGACUUGAGCUGAUGAGAGAGAUGUAUCACAAUGAAGCUGAGCUGUCUCCAACAUCACCAGACUACAAUAUCGAGUCUCUGACAGGAGGAGACCCAUUCUAUGACCGCUUCCCUUGGUUCAGGAUGGUCGGCAGAGCGUUUGUGUAUCUCAGCAAUUUAAUGUAUCCAGUCCCACUUAUCCAUAAAGUUGCUAUUGUUAAUGAGAAAGGAGAUGUGAAAGGUUACCUCAAAGUUGCGGUUCAAGCUGUCAUUGAAGAGGAGAACAGUGAGUACUUGAGUGGUGUAAGACAGUCUGCUCGCAUUUCAUUCGAUGACGAACUUUUCAUUGGUCAGCAACGCCCAUCAAAACGCAGCACAUUGUUGGCUCAAACGUUGGAAAAGAAUCAACAGCAUAUAGAUGAGAGAGUGGUAGAAGGACAGGGCAAUAUCCAGGAUCCCUGCAAGGAUCAACAGGACAUUCCAGACAAAGUGGAGGCACAAGAAAAUGGCAAGGAUUCCUGCAAAGUUGAUGAAAUUGACGGUGAUGCAGACAGUGGUCGAGGUGACAGCUCUGUGUCAUCUGACAUGAAGGAGGAAGAUUUACCAGAGCAUCUGCAGGUUGGAAAUGAAUUUACAUUCCGAGUCACGGUUCUACAAGCUGUUGGCAUUUCGACAGAGUAUGCUGACAUCUUCUGCCAGUUCAACUUCCUUCAUCGGCAUGAUGAAGCAUUUUCUACUGAACCAGUUAAGAACACAGGAAAAGGACCACCAUUGGGCUUCUACCAUGUCCAGAAUAUAACUGUAACGGUAACAAAGUCAUUCCUGGAGUAUUUGAAGUCACAGCCUAUUGUGUUUGAAGUGUUUGGCCACUACCAGCAGCAUCCAUUACACAAAGAUGCCAAGCAGGAGGGUGGACAGUACGUGCGCCAGCCUCCUAAACGGAUGCUUCCCCCAUCUAUCCCUAUCAGUCAGCCAGUGCGGUCACCCAAGUUCGGGGUCCUGCCAUCACCUAGCACCAGCCAUGUUCAUGCCAAGUACGAUGUCCUGGUUUGGUUCGAGAUCUGUGAAUUAGCUCCAAAUGGAGAAUAUGUGCCAGCAGUGGUGGACCACAGUGAUGAUCUACCCUGCCGUGGCCUGUUCCUAUUGCACCAAGGGAUCCAGCGUCGUAUACGAAUUACUAUUGUUCAUGAGCAUGCCCCAGAGUUGCGGUGGAAGGAUGUCCGAGAACUGGUUGUUGGUCGCAUCAGAAAUACCCCAGAACCUGAGGAGGAAGACAAUGAUAGUUCUGUACUGUCUCUGGGCCUGUUCCCUGGUGAAUACGUGGAGAUCCCUGGAGACGACCGCUGCAUGUUCCGCUUUGAAGCUGCAUGGGACAGUUCCUUACACAACUCAGUGCUCUUAAACAGGGUCACAUCAUACGGAGAGCAGAUCUUCAUGACAAUUUCAGCAUAUCUAGAGCUUGAAAACUGUGGCCGCCCAGCCAUCAUCACAAAAGACCUUAGCAUGAUAAUUUAUGGUCGUGAUGCUAGGACAGGUCCUCGCUCAUUGAAACACCUAUUCUCUGGGAACUAUCGCAAUGCAGAGGCAAAUCGAUUAUCUGGCGUGUACGAGCUGGUACUGAAGAGAGCAUCGGAAGCAGGUAGCCCAGGAGUUCAGCGUCGUCAGCGUCGCGUUCUAGACACGAGUUCAACAUAUGUGCGUGGUGAAGAGAAUCUGCAUGGUUGGAGACCUCGUGGUGACAGCCUCAUUUUUGACCACCAGUGGGAGCUUGAGAAAUUGACAAGGCUUGAAGAAGUUGAGCGUGUACGCCACAUGUUACUCCUGCGGGAGCGGUUAGGAAUUGAUAAAACUAUACAGACUACUCGCAGUUGUGACUUUACCAAGUCAGAGAAGGAGGUAUGUAACAUGGUAGCCAAGGCAACAAAUGAGGGUCGAGCCAGUCCCGUGGUACACAAGUCUCCCAGCAAAGAUGUUUAUGAGCCAUGGGAAAUGACUGAGAAGGAAAGCGAGCUGACCCUAAAGUGUGUGAAACUGAUUCAAGGGAGGAUACCAAGUAAGGAUUUGCCUAUCACAAAACACAACGAUGUGUCUCCAAGUGAAGAGGCCACAGACAUGAGCGCUAGUCUUAUUUCCAACUCAUCAAUAGAAUUAUGCUCACCAGAGAAGACUCGAACAGUAUUACCAGAACAGUAUAUAUUCUCCAGUGGACCCACUGGUGAGGGGCAGUGCACACCUCAGGUGCCUCAGCCUGUAGGCAGCUCAUCCCCCGGUAGGGAGCAAUUGGUCCUAUAUGUCCCUGAGAUGGAAGAGAUCCGCAUCAGCCCUGUUGUUGCCAGGAAGGGCUACCUCAAUAUCCUGGAGCAGAAAACAAAUGGCUGGAAGAAGAGAUGGGUGGCGGUGCGACGGCCCUAUGUGUUCAUUUUUCGUGAAGAGAAGGACCCAGUAGAACGUGCACUCAUCAACCUGGCAACUGCGCAAGUUGAAUACUCUGAGGACCAGCAGGAAAUGGUUAAGAUGCCAAACACGUUCAGUGUUGUUACAAAACACAGGGGCUUUUUACUCCAGACUCUGGGAGACAGGGAAGUUCAUGAGUGGCUAUAUGCUAUCAACCCUUUGCUAGCAGGUCAAAUCAGAUCCAAGCUGGCACGAAGGCACCCUAUCAUCCACCCCAGUCUGCCAGGCCCACAGCCAGUAAUGCAAGUUGCAAAAUGAGAGAGUCAGUGCAUAUAGCAACAUGGGCUAGGUGGUCUAGUCAAAUCGGUUCUCUCCUUGUAUUAAAGUACCAACUUUUAAGAACGUUUGUGGACCAGAGCUCCUAGAGGUGCAAAGCCAUUCUGUACCAACAUAUGGUAAUGGUAAUAAUAUGUUAAAAUUGAAUGUGCACAAAACCAUGUCUCCUUGGUCUUGUAUGCUACAGAAUAAUUUUGCUGUGUUUGUAUUCUUUAAUUUGACAGAAAGUCAGAAAGUAGACAUCACAGUGAAUAUGAUGGUUCAAAUUUUUUACAUGGUAACAGGUGAGCUACAUACAGGCCAAUUGCAUGUAGUGCUCUUUCAGUGUUCAUCAUGCAUUACCAUAUGGUGGUAUGUAAUCAUCUGAGUGUGGUCACAGGAAGGCACACUACUCUCUUCCCUCAGUGGGUCCAACUAGUCAAUCCCUCUGACAUGGACCCACUCAUAUGCCUGCUCAUCAAAGUCUCUCUUUUCUUGCCUGUGUUCCAUUCUGUGUUGAACAAAUACCAAAUUUGACUGUUUUUAAAAUCAUUAUUUUUUAAAGCAUGUUGGAUUGAGAUAUUGUGCUUGUAAUAUCUGUAGAUAGGUCUGUAAGCCUGCUUCCGUUGGACACGUCACUGGACUAUUUUCAUCAUUGUUCAUGUAAGUUUCAUACUUAGUAGAUCUGCUUUAAGAGCUGGAGGAAUAUUUUGGAGAAAGUCACAAAUCACAAUAGGCAUACAACUUUAGAUAUAUUUCAGUAGUGCAAUUAUGAGCUUUAAAUUUGAAUGAUCUGUUGUCAAAUGGUUGUGAAGAAAAUACAGUAAUAGUUGAGCAGAUCAAGCAGCUGUAGUCAUAGAGUGCUGAGUGACUGAAUAUAUGUAAAUGUACAGCUCACUAAUAGAAACUCCACAUGCCUUGCAGAUGACUUAAAAAAAUAUUUAGGUGGAAGUAUAUGGUGGCAAAUUAAGCAGUCAGAUGUUACUUUUUUAAAAUUAGAGUUCUUUAACGAAUAUAUCAAAUUUUAUCAAGAUAUGAUUUGCCUAUUAGAAAUUGUGGGAUAUAUUAUUUUGUAAAUGAAUCUCUGUGGCCAAUGGAAGCAGGUGCUGGUACAUUACUGUGUCACUGUAUCUUGUCCUGCUCUAGUAAUUAAUGUAAUUGUGCAGCUGCUGCUACUUUUCCCACAAUUCUGAAUAUAACAUUAUUGUGCUUUAUGCUCGAAAUUCACUAAAUGCCAAGCGGAACUUGCAGGAAUAAUGCUCUCACUUUUCCUAUAUGUAAUAAAACGUGUUGUUUUGACACUGACUGGAAUCACGUACUGGAUAUAAAUAUAUAGUAGAGUGGAAGGACGUGAUAUACUUUGCAUACAUUCUACUUUAUUGCCUUUGGCAUUUGUUGUACUGUAAAUAAAACUGCAUAUUAUAAUAUAUAUAUAUAUAUAUGUAUUCCUUAUUAGUGUCAGUGGACGGUGCAAGUGUUUGAGAAAAAAAGUUUAGAGAGCUGUUCAUACUGGGUGCUCAGAAAGUAAGUCACCGUACUUUAGACCACCUAUGUACACAAAGAGUGAUUUGUUAAUGUUAAGCAUAACCUCAUGGUAUUAAGUGAUUCCAACAUGAGGAAGGUAUCUUAUUCUUUGGCAUGAUCUCAAUUUCAUUCAGUUCAGUUUUGUCUAUGUUUCUGCUUUACAUAAGAUUUGCUGACCAAAACAGAAUAUCUGAUGAUAGAUGUAAGGCCUUUUACUUGCUCACUGUCUGUUACUUUAAACAUCUGUCACAUAAAUAACAUAGUAUUCCAUCGGUAAGCAUGAUGUACAAGAUGGUGUUACUAUGUAAAUGUGAUCUACAGUCAGAGUUGUUUCAAAAGCAUAUCGGUGGUCUGGAAUACACCUCUUUACUUUCUGAUCAUUCAUUUAAUAAUGCUUAAACUGUUAAAAGAGUACUAUUGUACAGUAUUAUGUUUUAUGUUGUUUUGAAAGUCUUCAUUAUAGUAAUAAUAUAAUUUUUGCUGGCAUGUCAUCCUAUCAUUUUUUGUAUUUGCUUUAGAUUGCUGAUAGAAAAAGAUGGAUUGCUUGUUAAGAUUCAGACAAUUCGAAUUAUGAAAGUAACUAUCUUACAGUCUCUUGUUUUUUGAGUGCACCAUCUGUAUAUGCUGCAGUACAUGCCAAUAAUGCGGGGAAGGUCUCUCUGUCAGGGAAACAUUUUCUUUCCUUCCCCACUGAAGUAAGUUGACACACCUCAUGAGUGACUGAAAGCAACAGUUUCUUUGUUUGGAAAAUUUACACUGAUUUGUUAAAAUAUAUAUUUUUAUAAAAUGGUGAUAGAAAAUUGGAUAUAAACAAAGAUGAACUAUGCCUGCUUAAUUAGAAUGUAUUGUAUUCCAUGCUCUUAGUUAAGGGAAAAUGAGUAACAUGUAUACACGCAAUUAAAAGCAAAUUACAGUCUUUAAUGCAUGAAGGGUGCUUAUGAAAAUGUGUUAAAAAUUCUUGGAAUGCUGGUCAAGGUUUUUAUUUUAUUUAACAUCCAUAUGCAAAAAGCAGAUUGGUUGAUCCAUGGGUUAUUUAAUGACACUGUUUCAACUGCAUAGGUUGUUUAGUGUUGAGUUUCAUGAUAAAGUGAUCAUGUAUUGCAUGUAUUGUGAAAUGGGAAUGAUGACAGUAGGAGUAAUAUGUUUAUUUUUGUGCUUUCCUAGUGUUCACCUGGUGGGACUGAGGACUACCAUGAAAAAUCUUUGGCAGCAUAGUCAGUUCCCAACCAUGAUUCAAACUAGGCACUCCCCAAAUCUGAGUGAGGUGUGACACUACUCUGUUCCCUGACUCAGUUAGUGUGUAUAAAUUCAGUGCUUAGUUUUUUCUAAAAACUAAAGUUACUGUUUACUUACAUGGGGACUGGGGCACUUCUUUAUAUGUUUUUGUUGUCCUGAUAACGCAAAACAUCCUUAUUUUGAAGCUGUGAGUCUCUUUAGUGUUAUUGACACAUUAUAUCUAUAAGGAGUUCCAAAAUAGUGAGUGUAUAUAAAGUUUAUUUAUCUAUUUAUUUAUUUAAUUCAUGGUUUAUUUAAUGACAGUCGAUGUCUCAAAGUGUGUGCAGCAUCAACAUAAUACAUAAAACACCCACAUGUACAAAUUAGAUCUGAAGUGGUUGCAUUUAUGAUUUUAGGGAAAUUAAUUCUAAUAUAAGAAAACACAAAAUUAAUAUUCCCUUGAGUCAGUCGGUCAGGUCAGGUAAUAUGCUGCUGGGCCUCACCAGCACAGUCAUUCUUGGUUCUGAGUCCUACAGGACUCAUGACCAUAUUUUACUGUCUCAUGCCUCUGAGAGUCAUGCAGCUCUUCUCAGUGUCUUCAUGUUUUCAUAUGUAUCAGGUCAUCUCAGAUAUAUAAUAUCCAGAUGAGUUAGUUUGUACAGAUUUUAAAAUGUUAAAAAUUAUUAUUUUAAUAUAUUUUAUUGGCCUACUUUCUCCAUCUUCUGAAACAUAAACUUUUCAUAAAUAUUCAUCACCCUAUCUUAUAUUGAAUAGUCUAUACAUGUUCUAAGUAUCCUAAGUAAGUUUAUAUGAUUUGAGGUUCUUGCAGAAGUGAUUGUGAAGAAUUCUGUCCUUUUAAAUUGUGUAGUCCAGUAAAAGUCAGUUCACAUUUCAGAGGAACAAAUCACCUCCAUUGUCAGGGCUGAAAGGUAAGCCAAGGAAGAAACUGGCAUGAAACAGGCAGUAGCAACAGUGCUUGUUCCCUGCUUCAUGCUGAUUUCUUGCUUGACUUACUCUUCAGCCCUGAAGGUGGAGCUGACAUGUUUGCCCAGAACACUGGUUGCCUUUCACCAGGCUGCAUAAUGUUAUGUCCCAGGGGAUAUAAUUCUUCUGAAUUAAGUCUAAUUAACCCUUUUGCUGAUAUGAGAGUUCAGUUUCUACUGUGGAAAAAUGCUCUCUUUAAUGUGUGUUGCAGCUUUAUUUUGUGAUAAAGGAAGUUUAAAUAGAUCAGAUGCCUGUACUGGGUAUAGCAAGAAUCAUGCUUAUAUAUUUAACACUGAAGGAGGCAGAUGCUUUGGUGGAGUUCCCAGCGUGUUUUAAUUCACCAGACAGAUUUAAAUUAUUUGCUGUUCCAAUAUAAUCUGUAGUGUACCCUGUAAUCCUUCUCCCAUAUAAUAAGUGACAUUGCAAAUGAUGCAGAUAAAACCCAUUGUAUGAGAUUUAACAAAGAUGCUGACCUCUGUGAUAUUUAAUGAAGUAUAUGCUUUACUAUAAUUCUAGUAUUAUGUAGAGUUAUUGAACAGUCUUUGUCUUUGAAGGUAGCAUAUAUAGUGCUUCUGAUACUAAAUUUACUCACAGUUCCUCAUUGUCUACACAUUCAUAUCAGGCAUACUGUAUAAGAGUUUCCUGUUGACAAAAGGUUGUGGCAGAAUUAGGUGAAGCAUGGAAUGGGUAAAGCCCAAUGAACGACAUUCCUGAGUGUAUUUUAUUCUAUUUGAGUGUGCAUCCUGUUGAGGCUCAUGCCUAGCAUGCCUUAAUUUGCCACUCUCUGGGAGUUUACAGUCCUUCCCUGUCAUAACAAACCUGGCAGAUGCAGUACUCAUACUCAGACUGCUGUGAUACUGUGUAUGUGUUUUAUCCAGUAAAGUUGGAACAUUGCAUCUACGAGUAAUUCAGAUGUGAGAAGAAUCUGCACACAAUUUUCAUCUAGACUGACACCUUCAUAUGUACAUUCAUAUAUAGUGGACUGCUGCAUUUUCCAGUUUGUUUUUGUAUGAUGAAUAUUAUUUUGAAGUAGUGGAACCAUGUGCAAAAUUCUUCAGACAUAUCUUACUGUCUGAAAUGUUUAACUGGCUUUGUUUAUACAUUUAAUCAAGAAACUUUGUUUCACUUUGGUUAGAAUUAUAUCUCUAAUGUAUGUGCCAUAUUUUCAAAUUUCAUAAUGAACAUGUUGAGGCAGUCAAAUUGUUCAGUAUUGCAGUUACGUGUUUUUAGACACAGCUUUAUAAUCUUUGUUCCUGAAAAAAUGCUGGUCAUUUUUAUUUGUUUCUAUAUUGUCAUGAUAAUUAUUUUAAAUUUCAUGAUAUAUUAUGUAAAUUAAUUGUAUAUUAUUUUAUAAAUUAUUUAUGUUAAAGCUCUGGAAAGCUAUGUAAGUGGAAUAAAUAAAAACCAUAAAAAUAG